AUGCUCAGAGCUGUGUUUGUGGAGGGUCGAGGGGCUUCAUUCACUGAUGAGCCAAGAAGGUGGACCAUGACUUACAUGACUUACUCUCGGGGAGCUAAAAGGGGUGCCUUUCAACCCAAAUAUUUGGCUGUCGCUAUAGAAACCCAGGCACUGGUGCCACGCACCAAGAUGGAGGAGCUGCCAUUCUCUGCAGUCCCCUCUUCCUGCCUCUGCCUCCAAGUCGUGCCCCAGCCUGGACCCUCGUCCUUAAAGGGGAGAGGCCAGGAUGGUGAGGAGGAGGGGGCUCUCCUGCAUGCAGGUGGUGGGGAGGGCUGCUCCUGCCCACUCCCCAGGGCUCAGCCAUGA